AAUAUUAUUUAUUGUGCAGUCAACAGUGGACUACAAUUUUUUCUAUAUAUACAACCAUUCGAAGCUGCUUUUCUCACUACACUCAGGAGAGAAUCUUGUUUAAAAUAUAAGAAAAAAAAUCAUACGCAAUGAGCACUGCUGGUCAGGUUAUUCGUUGCAAAGCUGCGGUGGCAUGGGAGGCGGGGAAGCCACUAUCGAUAGAAGAAGUGGAAGUGGCACCACCCCAAAAGCAUGAAGUCCGUAUUAAGAUUCUCUUCACUGCUUUAUGUCACACUGAUGUAUACUACUGGGAGUGUAAGGGUUACACUCCUCUGUUUCCUCGUAUACUUGGUCAUGAAGCCUCAGGGAUCGUGGAGAGUGUGGGUGAGGGUGUGAAUGAUUUGAAACCUGGAGAUCAUGUGCUCCCUAUCUUCACCGGAGAAUGCAAAGAAUGUCGCCACUGUCUGUCAGAAGAAAGCAAUAACAUGUGCGAACUGCUUAGGAUCAACUGCGACCGAGGUGUUAUGCUUGCUGAUGGGAAAACCAGAUUUUCCAUCAACGGCAAGCCUAUCUAUCACUUUGUUGGAACCUCGACCUUUAGCCAAUAUACUGUCGUCCAUGUUGGCCAGGUUGCCAAGAUCAGUCCAACGGCCCCUCUUGAUAAAGUCUGUCCCAUUAGCUGUGGGAUAUGUACAGGUUUUGGGGCCACUGUGAAUGUUGCUAAACCCAAAAAGGGUCAAACUGUUGCAGUUUUUGGACUGGGUGCCGUUGGUCUUGCCGCCGCUGAAGGUGCAAGGGUUUGUGGGGCUUCUCGGAUCAUCGCUGUUGAUGUGAACCCCAGAAGAUUUGAAGAAGGUACCUCUCAUAGCAUCAUUUAUAUGAUUUGUCGUUGUUUCUCACUAAAAAUACUAAUAUAUGGAUCAUAUUUCUUUGCCUGCCCACCAGCUAAGAGGUUUGGGAUUACAGAAUUUGUGAAUCCAAAAGACUACGACAAGCCUGUUCAAGAGGUGAUUGUGGAGAUGACCGGCGGAGGAGUGGAUCGCAGUGUGGAGUGUACAGGGAGCGUCCAAGCCAUGAUUUCCGCUUUUGAAUGCGUCCAUGAUGGUUGGGGUGUUUGUGUGCUGGUGGGUGUGCCAAAGAAAGACGAUGCAUUCAAAACUCAUCCAAUGAAUCUACUAAGUGAGAGGACCCUUAAGGGUGCUUUUUAUGGCAACUAUAAACCACGCACUGAUAUUCCCAUGGUUGUCGACAAAUAUUUGAACAAGGAGCUGGGGCUGGAUAUGGACAAGUUCAUCACACACUCUGUGCCUUUUGCCGAUAUUAACAAGGCAUUCGACUACAUGCUCCAGGGUAUAGGUCUGAGAUGCAUGAUUCAUUUGGAUGCUUAAGGAAAUGUUGCUGCUGUAUAUUUGCCCAUCCAAGGAUCAAAACUCUAAUGUUUUGUCCUGCUAUGUGUUAUAUUAUGUGCCUACUUAAGCUACCUUUCCCGGUUAUCAAGAGUGCCUAUAUAGAACUCUCUCUCUCUCUCUCAAAAAAAAAAAAAAAAAGAGAAAAGAGUUCUUUAUAUGGAGUUUUAUAUUAUGUGCUGAGAGAAUAAAUUAUCUUGUAAAAGCUUGCUUUGUUAAUGAAAUAAAUUUCUAUUA